AUGGCGCCCUCGUUCCACGAUUCGUGGCAAAUUGCGCUUGAAGCCGAAAGCGAGCUGUUCAAAUGCCUCGCCGAGAAAGAGCCCACCUUCGCGGAGAUCUCGCACUUUCUGUCUGAGUUUCGCACCGCUUGCCAAAAUGCCAUUCUUCUGGACUUUGACACCGCCCGCGACACCGAUGUGGAGGGUCGUCUGUGGGAUGCGCAUCUGAAACUUAACAACCGGUUUCGCAAGCUGCUGUCUCGCUAUCGCGACGAGAAUACCAAGAAAAGGCCGGUUGAAAAACGCAAACUUGAGAAACACUAUCUGGAUUUCAUCAAGUCGAGCCAGCGAUUCUACCGCGGUUACAUCCAGCAUCUGUCGUCGCACUUCGGGGGAAUAGUGGAGUUGGAGAAAGUGGCGCAAAAGUUCAACUUUGAGAAUUUGUCGACGCAGUCAACUCCCAGUGUCCCCCAUGACCUGCGCAAGCGUAUCCUCCAAUCCUGUCACGCGACGCUCAUUCGACUCGGAGACCUCUCCCGCUAUCGGGAAACCGAGCUUGUGAUCAAUGAGCGUAACUGGGGACCCGCGAUUGGAUACUAUGAUUUGGCGUCGGUGAUAUACCCCGCGUCGGGUGUAUCACACAACCAGUUGGCGGUGAUUGCGCUUGCUGAUAGCAACCAUCUGCGCGCCACCUACCAUCUCUAUCGCGCCUUGUCCGCUCAAGAGCCUCAUCCAUCUGCCAAGGGCAAUUUGGAAAUCGAGUUCAGAAAAAUUAUGAAUGCAUGGGCAAAACGGGAACUGAUCCGUCCUGAAGAUUCUGGUAUUCCAGGCAGAGCCCUGGCUCCCUGGUUCGUUUAUCUGCAUGCCAAGUGCUACAAAGGCACCGAUUUCCCGGAGCAUGACGAGUUGGAGAGUGAAGUUUUAAGCCAACUCGCAGUUGACAUCCGAGAGCGCUCGCUUGAAGGAACGCUUCAGAAAUUCUGCUUGGUCAAUGUUGCUGCGGAGGAUUUUGCUCGUACUCGGUCUAUCGAGGAAUCGGUCUCCAAUGCGCGCGUCUUCUUCCAGCGGAUCAAUGUGAAAACCUUCUUCACCCUUCUGCAGAUCUUGUUGGUAGAAUUGGAACGCUUUGCCGGUGAGGACUCAGACAUCAAAGAUGCCAUCAAUGGUCCGGAUAAAGUCACUGUCGUGGCACGCCGAAUUCUGCCGGCACUGCGGAAUUACAGCUCCUGGCUUCUCACGAUUAGUGACUUCCUAGUUGCUCAGCGCGAGGAAAGGGACUCGUCUCUCUCGAUCCAAAUCAAGGAGUUCUGGAAGAUUUACGCGGGCACUUUGACCCUCCUGGCAUCUACAUUUGAUGUCGUGCAUCUUCCUGAAAUCGACUACCUUUUGGAAGAAGAUGAAGAGAGCCUGGGUUUUGCGCCUCUGGACCAAGAAGCCACUUCUCGCCGAUAUGCCGGUGCGGGCAACCAGCCAAAACCUCGAAUGAACGACCCUGGAGUGGAAAGACACCACCCAAACAUCGAAAUGCUUUAUCGAGUUCGUGAAUUCGUGAUCGAUGGUCUCGACCUGGUCGUGAGAAAUAAAAUCCCCGUGGUUCUCGUAGAUGACCAAGACAAAAAGACAUUUAUCUAUCAGGAAGAAGGAUUGCCAUCCCAAUUCUUUUCCAGCCCCCAUGGUCACCAGCACGCACUCUCGACUGCUAGCGUCGAACGCGAGGAUAUCCCACAAGCAACUCAGGAUUCGAACUCUGCUGCAGAGGCUCGCAGCGUGUUUGAUGGCUCUCAGUCCGCGUCUGCUUCCAUGUCCGCCAAUAUGCACCGUAUUGUUGAAGGUGUCGAACGCCUGGUCGAGUCCGAUACAUAUGAGAAUGCCCCCACCGUCCCAGACCAACUUGCUUUCCUGAACGGAGCUGGGGACCUCCCGACGCCGACACCUCCCACGAAUAUCCCCUCGAAUGCUAGUUCAUUCCCAUUCGGCGAAGAAGCCUUGCAAUCGCUGGGCACGCCUAUUGCUCCACCACCUGGGCUCGGUCCACCUGGCGCCAGCGCGGCAGACCCUCUUCGAGUACCAUCAGCCCAGUCCUAUGCACCGCUGCCCACUCUGCCUAGUUUCCCCAGUAUCUGGAACAACACGUCCUCUACUCCUCUCCGAGAAACAGCCUCUCCGCGAACCCCACCAGGUCUAGGCCCGCAACCCUCAAUGCAUCCCAUGGUGGCCGGAAAUGUCAACUCUGCGGAACGUCCCUCAUCCCAGGACCAACUUGCGAAUGAGCUCAUGCUCCGGCACAGUUUGAUGGGCCAGUCCCAAUUUCCAAGCUCGCUGGGUGCAAGUGGCUCGGUCCCCUCGACAUUUAUGCCAUCGUCCAAUAUGUCGGCCACGCCAUCCUAUCCUGCUGGCAGCGGCUGGGACCGGGAUCCUGGUCGAAUGAUGUUCGGGGCUUUUGAUAUUUCCAGCCAGCAGCCUCCCAGCAGUUUUGUGAAUCCAUCAUGGGCCAACGAUGCGUUUCUCGCCAACACCCUUUCGUCUGGAGCGGGCCACUACGGCUCAGGCAUCGUCGGACAUCGCAAGUCAACGGCCCAGCUUGGGGCCGUCGGACAGACCCCUCCUUGUGGCCAGGGAGGUUGA